AUGGCGAGCAUGUCCACUGUGCUUCAAGCACAACAUGAAGAUUACAUAACUGCUCGUCAGAUUAUGGAUAAUCUUGAGGACAUGUUCGACGGCCAAGCCGCUGAAAAACGUCAAGAAACCCUACGUAAUCUCAUUAAUUACAGACAGAAGGCUGGGUCUUCCAUAAAGGUACAUAUGUUAAAGGUGAUGGGCUAUUUGGCUGACAGUCAGACUAAUGGGGCCAACAUCGAUGCUGAAGUUGAUGCAAGAACUCUAAAAGUUCGAGCAGAUGAUCAAGGGGUCAACUAUUAUGAGGCCAACUUCACUGAGGCAUCUUCCUCCAAACCCUCUUUAAGGAAUGGAAGGAAGAAGAAAAGAGCCAAGAAGGAGAGUUCUUCAAUUCCGCCAAACAAGGGCAAGAACAACAAGAAGAAGAAGAACCUGAACAAGCUUAAGUGCUUUCAUCGCGGGAAGGUGGGGCACAUGAAGAAGAAUUACAAGGACUACCUAGCCUCUACAGGCAAGGGAGGUUUGUGUGAUCUUUUGAUUGUGGGAGAUUGUUAG